AUGCGUCGACCGAAAGGCGCAUCAGCCAUUGGCCUGGCAAUGAUGUCCCUUGCCUCCAUUGCCAAUGCCUAUCAAUCUGCUCUACACGCUUGUCCAGCUCCUCGUGAUAGCAUGUCAGGAGACUGGACCGUCUACACAUCAGUCACCCGUCUUCAAGCUUGUAAAGAGCCUAUGCUGUUGGACUUUUCUCUUCACUCCGGCCUUGAUGAAGAAGAUAUGGUGAUCAAGCUACUGGUCUGUACCUCAAACAAUAUGACCAGCAACACUGUCACAUCGGGUGCUCCCUCGGGCGUCCAGAACUCCGCACGUGGCCAUCAUGCCAUUUCUCAUAAACGGUUCCACAACAGAGACAUCCAUUCUACAUGCAUACCGGGUGAAAAGCAGGGGAUCUCACUAGAUCUGAAUAUAGAUUCAGAUGUUAGCUCAGUCUCCGUCAAUGACCUCCACACCAUUCUUGAGCGAGUUCAGAAUCACCUCGGAAACACGUCCCAUUGUGACACUACCAAUGUUUUUGGCUACUAUAAUGGGGUGGCUGUUGGAGUCUAUGUUGGACCUGCCAUUGACAAUGCCAAGAGCACCUCAUCUUUAUUCCAGCGCUUCUAUGAGCAAAUAUCAAAAGGCCAAGAUGCGAAGAGCAUGGUCAUGCAACGCUGUCUGGGUGUUUCAAACGCCGACUACACUAUCGGUCUAGCAGUUGAUACCACUGGAGACUUGACCUCUGUGCAAAAGUCUGUUCACUCCUGGAGUAAUGGACAGUGUGCUAGCACCGACGGUGUAAGCACCAAAAGAGGUGUUCCUGUUCUGGAGAAGGCAAUGGACCUUGUCCUCAGCAGUAACGGCACGGUUCGAGAUGCACACAUCUUCAAGCGCAGUGAUUGCCGAACGAUAAGCGUCAUAGGAGGAGACUCUUGUCCUUCUCUGGUUAAGAAAUGUGGAAUUUCCCCAAAUGACUUCACCAAAUACAAUACCGCCAAGACCUUGUGCUCUAUGCUGGUGGCUGGUCAGCCUGUAUGCUGUUCUGCCGGAAGCCUCCCGGAUAUCCGGCCAAAGCCCAAUAAGGAUGGUUCCUGCCACACUUACACUGUGCAGGCAAACGAUGUGUGUAACUCUAUUGCAGCUGCCAAUGGACUCAAGGCAUCAGACAUCAGUGAUUUCAAUGACAAGACGAUAUGGGGCUGGUUUGGCUGUGGUAACCUUCAACUCAAGAGCCUGAUCUGCCUGAGCAAGGGUGACCCACCGAUGCCUGCGCCAGUGUCCAACGCACAAUGCGGUCCUAUCGUUGCUGGAACAAAAAGGCCAACCAAUGGAACAGCUCUGGCUGAUCUCAAUCAAUCUACGGACCUCCCCGGCAUACCGAAAGGUCUCGCUAGUGAUGGUACCACCUACCUCAACUUCAUCAAGAAGAUGAAGCUCAACUUCCCAUUCGAUAAGACUGUCUCAAUUGCCGCCCCAGCAUCUUACUGGUAUUUGAAGUCGUUCCUCAUCGAUGAGAUGGCAAAGUCUUUGGAUUAUAUUGUUUAUAUUACCUAUGACCUACACGGCAAGUGCCCUGGAAAUUGUUUAAUCGAGUGUCAAUGGGACUACGGCAAGCAAUGGACUCAGGAAGGCUGCCCCAAUGGCGAUUGUCUCCGCAGCCAAGGUACAUCUUCCUCUUGCGCUGUAGAUCACGUGAAUUUGACUGAGACAAAGUACGCUCCAUCCAUGCGUGCGUUAUUUCUCCCCACACAUCUGGAUUUCAUUGGUUACCGACUUUCCUGUGCAGUCACGAAAGCCGGAGUGGAUUCAAACAAGGUGUUUGUGGGAAUUCCAACUUACGGACGUUCUUUCGAAGGCAGAUGCACGGAGACCGCAGGUAUUAUCGCAAAUGCCGAGAUUAACGAAAUCCUUGCCAUUGGAAACCAGACCAAGACCUACUAUGAUGCGGGAUUUGAUUCCAAUAUUAUUGUUUGGGACAAUACAUGGGCUUCCUUCAUGGAUAUUACUACAAGGGCUUCAACUUUGGCGGAACCGUCGAAAGGGGCUGUCGAUUUGAAUAAAUUUACCGACGAUGACGACAAUUACGAUGACGCCUUGGAUGAACCUCCUGUGCCUAAGCUUGCCGCCUGUACAGCAACCUUCCAUAGCAUCAAGGCCUUGAGCAAUGCCAGCAGCACGAUCCCUGAGCAUUGUGUCACGCAGUAUACUGUGCAGACUCUUUCGGACUUGCCUAGUACUGCCAUGAAAAACUACACCGAUCUUAUAAAUGAUGGAUACGAUGCGAAAUUCAAGAUUUAUGCCGACAUGGUUGCAGAACUCGCAGGUGCCUCCGUCCAUGACUUCGUCUACCAGAAUGGCAACAAGUAUUUUACCUGCAAGGUGGACGAGGACACCAUUUGCUGUGACCAGUGUCAUGCGAAUAAGAAUACCUACAACUGUGACCUUUGCUGGUCAGACAGUGCUUGCUACACGACCUGUGAUUCCCUUGCCUGUCAACAGAGUCACGGGUUUGGUGACCCAGAGCUAUUUUAUAAGUGGAAGUCAGAGACUGAGCCGUGCCCACCAGAUUACUCAAAGCGUUUUAGAAAGGAUCGAGGUUACCCUGAGAGUGUGCACUGGUCUCUGGACGAUAGUAAGGCCACCAAGUUCUGGGCUGACCUCUACACGAACACUGGAAUCAAUCAGUCCCAUAUUCAAUUCGGGCAAUACACUCGUCAAAAAACCUGUGGACCAUCCGUCAAGUGUGACGAUGAUUGUUGGAAGACCGGCUACGACUACAAUAUCUCACUGCCAAAGGGCUACGAUGCGUCUGAAGUGUCGAACCCGAAGGACACGGCCAAGAAGGGUCUUGACAGGGCCGGAUCCUUGAAACCGCAAAUCUCCACCACACUAUUUCAAAUGGCCACGGACACCUGGAUUGGGGACGGUAUGGAUCUCAUUGACUCCAUCUCACUGCCUAUCUUGAUGAUUGUGUCUGCCGUCCAGGAGAUGAGCGCAGUUGAGAAGGUUGCGGAUAAACUCAGUGCUGAAGAAAGAAGCUCAAGGAAACAGAGAUUAUAG